AUGGCUUCUACCACGGACACCCAGAACUACAAGUUCAACCACUCGAUGAUUCGAGUCAAGGAUCCCAAGGCUUCAUCUAAAUUCUACGAGUUCCUCGGAAUGAGCCUUGUGAAGAAGCUUGAAUUCCCUGACAACAAAUUCGACCUUUAUUUCUUUGGCUAUGACUCUCCCAAUGCCCUCUCACACAACAAGAGUGCCUUUGACAGACAAGGACUUAUCGAGUUGACCCACAACUAUGGUACCGAGGAUGACCCUGAGUACAAGAUCAACAACGGGAACCAGGAGCCCAAUCGCGGCUUUGGCCACACCUGUAUUGCGGUGGACAAUAUCCAGGCUGCCUGCCAGCGAAUUGAGGAUGCUGGUUACAAGUUCCAAAAGAAGCUCAGUGACGGCCGCAUGCGAAACAUUGCCUUUGUGCUUGACCCUGAUGGUUACUGGGUUGAGGUUGUUGCCCGAAAUGACUACAAGGAGACCGAAGAUGUGAAGGAGACUGAUGUUUCAACCUAUACCAUGCUAAUAAGCCAGAACCACACUAUGCUUCGAGUCAAGGAUGCUGAGAAGUCUCUAAAGUACUAUGAGGAUGUGCUCGGCAUGACUCUACUACGCACCGUUGAGAAUGGCGAAGCUGGCUUCAACCUUUACUUCCUUGGCUAUCCCGGCGAUCAGCCUUUCCCCGAGGGUCAGGAUAAGAAUACUAGCCACCGGGAGGGUCUUCUUGAGUUGACAUGGAACUAUGGUACCGAGAAGGACGAGAGCUUUCACUACCACGAUGGCAACAGCGAGCCCCAGGGCUUUGGACAUAUCUGUGUUUCGGUCGACAAUCUCGAAGCUGCUUGCAAGCGAUUUGAGGAUAAGAAUGUCAGCUGGAAGAAGAGACUCACAGACGGACGCAUGAAGAACGUUGCCUUUUUGUUGGACCCCGAUGGUUACUGGGUUGAGAUUGUCCAGAACGAGAAGUUUUCUGGCCAGGAGAACUUCUAG